UAUUGCGUCGUAAAAAUUAAUAAUAGAAUAAUAUUAUAUCUAAGUAUAUACAGUUUCCGAUUGUUUUAAUCUUUCUAAAGGAUAACUAUCUUGUGAGAAAAAUUUAACAACCAUGCGAUUUGGAUUAGUGAUGGGUCUAAUACUUUUCGGAUUCGUUUUGAUGGUGAAUGGCUUAAAAUUUUUAAAUUAUAAUACUCCAAGUGAUAAAAAACUACCGAGAGAUAGAGAGAUACGUGGUUAUAGACCACCCCAAAUGUCUACCUCAAUUGGAGUAGGAUAUGGUAAAAGAGAUGGAUCUACGGAAAUUUCUAAUUUUAACAAACGAGAAAGAGUACUUUUGUCACUUCUUCGUAAUCUUCCACAAGGAUUUACUCCUGAAUUAAUAUUACGAGAGGUGAAAACAAAUCCUGUUUUUGCUGGAAAAUUAACAGAAAUGAUAAUCAAUGACGAAAAUGGUCAAACACGAAUUGGAGAACAAUUACAGCCGGAAGGAACUAUAUUCAUAUUUUAAACUCUAUACAGACGAAUGUCUAACUAAAAUAUAUAAUUUUUGGCGAUACAUUUCAGUUUAAGAAAAUGAUGGUAUCUUAAACACUCUACAGUUGGUUUUUGUUAACAACAACAACAACAACAACAACAACAACAACAAUAAUAAUAAUAAUUAUAACAACAACAAUAUUAUUAUAAACUUUUAUUGCUGUAUGUAUAAUAUACUAGCCUUAGUCAAAUCAAUUAUCGCCAAAAUUUGUUAAAAUUUGAAUUUACCUCCUUUUGUAUUAUUUCAUCCUUAUGUGAAUUAAUGAAUUAUUCAACAUGCUUUAUUAAUCGUUUCAUUUAAAAUAAAAGUUAUUGUUGAAUGAGAAUAGUAACUCUGUCGAUAAAACAUUUCGUAUCUACUUUGCCAUUAGCUGUCGAUAAUGUAAUAUACGAUUUUAUCUUUAGCGAAAGGAAAGGAUAUGCACUGUCGAUAAAAAAGAAAAAAAAAUGUCAACAACAUAUUUAAUUAAAUAAAAAUCUUUAAGUCAGA